GGAAAAGAGCGUCACUUCCCGGUUCUGCCUCUGACGUGUCUAAAACAGUUCUGCUCUGGUGGUGGGUUUCUCUCGUGGGGGAUUAAUUUUCUAUUUAAGUACUUAUCUGAUCCGUGCUGGCAAGAUGCUUGAUUUCUUCACCAUCUUCAGCAAAGGGGGGAUAGUGUUGUGGUGUUUUCAGGGAGCCGGGGUCACUGAAUCCUUCACCGGACCUGUCAACGCCCUGAUCCGUUCCGUGAUUCUUCAGGAGCGGAGUGGUAACAAUUCCUUCAACCAUGAGGCCCUGAGUCUUAAAUACAAACUCGACAAUGAGUUUGAGUUGAUUUUUGUGGUGGGUUUUCAAAAGAUCCUGACGUUGACGUAUGUGGACAAGUUCAUAGAUGAUGUGCAGCUCCAUUUUAGGGAUCGUUAUAAGAAUGAGCUAGAGCAAAAAGGAGCUCUUAAGCUUCUCAAUAACAACUUUGAAUUUGAAGAUGACUUCAAGAUGCUUCUUAGAGAGGCGGAGGAGAGCAGCAAAGCUCGAAGUCCCGCCCCAAUGCGGACUUUCAAGGAGUCCGAAAAAUCCCAAAAAACUGUGAAGUCAAUGAUUGAGACAAAGGGUGGGGACAAAGGCAAAGAACAGGGUGGGAAAAAGAACAAAAAUACCAAAAAGGAGGCUCCUGCAGCUGAGCCUGCCAAAGUGGAACAAAGCAAGAACUCAUCAUCUGGGCAGAAGACGGUUGAGAAUGGUAACCAGGGCUUGACUCACGAAGAGAUCAUGCAGAAGAAGAGAGAGGAAUUCUUUCGUAAGCGCAUGACGGUAAACCCUGAAAAAACAAGCAAGUCUCCUAAGCCUCAGAAGCCGAGGGAGAAGCAAAUGCGUAAGUGGGACAUGGGUGGAAGCAGCACCAAGGACUUGGACUACAGUGAAAGGAAUGGAAACGGUUCCCCCAAUGGUGGUGAACAGAACCCUGAAGCACAAAUUGAUACGGGGAUGCAGCUAAGCUCCAUGAAGGGUGACCUGCUGUCUGUGGACUAUGAAUCCAGUGAGGAGGGGGACAUGGAGGAAGAGGAGGAGGAGGAGGAGAGAGUUGUUGUCAGUGAAACAAGCAAGACAAGCUCCAAAAAAGGUGGUGGUUUUGGUGGCAUGUUUGGAAUGCUGAAAGGUUUGGUGGGAUCCAAGAGCCUCACCAGAGAGGACAUGGAGUCAGUACUGGAGAAGAUGAAGGACCACCUUAUUGCUAAGAAUGUAGCAGCCGACAUUGCCUCCCAGCUCUGUGACUCUGUAGCCAAAAAACUGGAAGGCAAAGUCAUGGGCACAUUCACCACUGUGGCCUCAACAGUGAAGCAGGCCCUGCAGGACUCACUGGUGCAGAUCCUGCAGCCCAAACGACGCGUGGAUAUUCUGAGAGAUGUCAUGGAGGCGCAGAGCCAGCGUAGACCUUUCGUCAUCACGUUUUGUGGUGUCAAUGGGGUUGGGAAGUCUACAAACUUGGCAAAGAUCUCAUUCUGGCUGAUAGAAAACGGUUUCACUGUGCUGAUCGCAGCCUGUGAUACUUUUCGUGCUGGUGCAGUGGAGCAGCUCCGCACUCACCAGCGCCGCCUGAACUCUCUGCAUCCUCCAGAGCAGCACGGAGGACGACCUGUAGUCCAGCUCUAUGAGAAAGGCUAUGGGAAGGAUGCUGCUGGGAUUGCCAUGGAGGCCAUUGCCUAUGCUCGCAACCAGGCCUUCGACGUGGUGCUGGUGGACACCGCUGGGCGUAUGCAGGACAACGCCCCUUUGAUGACGGCCUUAGCCAAACUUAUUGCAGUCAACAUGCCUGACCUUGUGCUGUUUGUGGGGGAGGCUUUGGUGGGAAACGAGGCUGUUGACCAGCUGGUAAAGUUCAACCAGGCUCUGGCAGACCACUCCAUGUCUGACAAACCUCGCCUGAUUGAUGGAAUAGUUCUCACUAAGUUUGAUACCAUCGACGAUAAGGUCGGUGCUGCCAUCUCCAUGACUUACAUCACAGGCCAGCCUAUUGUGUUUGUGGGCACUGGGCAGACCUACAACGACCUGCGCAGCCUCAACGCCCGCGCCGUGGUCAGCGCCCUGAUGAAGGCUUAAGUGGCUGCAUGUUCUGCUGUAAUUCAUCGUCGCAACAAAGCCAACAAUAAAUCCCAUUGCCAUGCUGCUGUGAGAUGUUCCAGCCCUGCUAACCUGCGUUUUCUCAGCCUCCAGUCCUGUCCUGCCUAAAUAUACGGUUAAAGAAAUUAUGCCACACACCGGAAGGACUUCAUCGUCCCUUUAAAGGACGAGCAUAAGAGAUAUCUACAGCUAAGCCAGAGGGGCCUCCCUUUGCAUCAUCUCAAACCUUUCAGGCCUACAUUGAAGUACCUCAGACCAGCCUGAGUCUUGAAAGAAAUAAGUCACAACCAAAUGACAUUUUAGCUGACUAAAUGGACCCAGGCUGUAAAUGUCAACAGUUUACUGGUUUACACAGUAAAGACUUCUGUUAAACCCCCCAACCUGGCAUUUUGUCAGUCACUUUUCCCCUCUUCAUGUAAAUGAGGUCAGGUAGUGAGGGCCUGCUGAAUAUGACAUUUCAGCAGCUGCCUGUGCCUGAGGAGAGCUUAGUGACCAUAGUGCCUAUCCGUCUCCUGUCUUCUUGGUUAACUGUUUCACUACAUGGGUAAAUGUCCUUUUUAAGGUAUCAGAACGUAGCAGAUCAGAUAUUGCUACCUCCAGGCUUGAGGAGUCUGAAUCUGCCUUUGGAGAAAAGGGUCAGCACUAAUGAAAUAUAUACAUUUCCCCACUGUCAAACAUUGAAAAACAAAAAAGAAAGUAAUAAGGACAAGGAGUUUGAAACAAGGUAAUAGGACAACUUAUCCUGAACAGCAGAGCUGGGCACACUUCUGUUAAUUGUGAGCGUUACUUUAUAAAACAAUGUUUAAUAUUGAUAUUAAUUCUGAAAAUGGCUUCUGUCAACAUCGUUUUCUAAACAAAAGUAUAUGGCUUCCUGCUCUUUAGAGCAGCAGUUCUCAACUGGUCUAAGUUCAGGACCCACCACUGCUUUUUCAAUGGCAAAUCCCAACCCAAAUUUCUUACAUUCUAAUGGGGUACUUUGGAUUUGAGCUGGAACAAAAGAUCUGACUGAAGAGAUGUCCUUCAAAAUAAAAGCUCACCAUAUGGACUUUUUGCCAUAUAUUUCUUUCCAGGCAAACAUCUAAUGGAAUCAGCUUUGAGACCCACUUUGGGGUACCAACCAUCAGCUGAGAAUCAAAUUUAGAAAGCACAAUGAACAAAAAUGCUGGUUGUUGUGUCUGAAACUGUAAACUACACACUACUGUUUACUUAAAAAUAUCAACUAAGGGGCACAGAUGGCCUUGUGGUUAGGCCACACCCUAUGUCGACCACGGCACGGGUUCAAGUCCGGCCUGUAGCCCUUUGCCACGUCUCUUCCCUCUCUCUCUCUCUAUCUCUCUCUCUAAACCGGUUUCUUACUCCAUCCACUGUCAUCCUCUGUAAAUAAAGGCAUAAAAAGCCAAAGAAAAAAAUAUAUAUAAAUAUAUAUAAUAAAAACAUUGUUGAGGAAAAACUAUGACUAAAAAUGUUAGUAGACAGACUUUUUUUUCUAUGAGGAAGACUAGACUAAGAAAAAACUUGAAUAGAACUUUGAUGACAAAAACUGUCAAAAUGAAUAGGUUUAGUUUUUGUUAAGGAGACUAAAAUGUUAGUGCUGGACUGUUGGAUGCUCAGAAUUUAUCAUACGUCUCGCCUUGACUGGAAGUAAAGACUGAAAUGCAGUAUGUCCAGAAAGUUCUAUUAUUGUAGACUUGUAAGGGUUUCAGAGACCCUUGCUGAAGCAGUUAGGGUGUAUUUUCAUCAGGACAGUCCAGAUCUUCCAAUGGUUAGUUAAAUGACUUCAUGUUGGAUGUGUAGAUUAUGGCUGCUGUGUUGAUUGGAUCCUAAAAUGGUUGGAAAAAAUUAUGAGUUUCUAGGAAAUUUAGCAUGAAUAAUACUUGAACACAGUAGUUUUGUAAAUAAUGAGGAUAAAAUACUGAAGGCUACAGUCAGACUGAACAGUUUUUAAACAUCAGUGUUAACUUCCAGUCAUUUUGGCCAGAAUUAACAGAUUAACUGUUACCAAAGUUAGCAUCGCUGUUAACAGAUUAACGGCUAAUGUAGCUUAAAUUCUUGACUGAACUGUGCCCAGCUCUGCUGAAACACUGACAACUGUGAGCAAACUCCUUCUGGAUGGUUAACCUCAAGAGCUCCCUGGCUGCCUGACUCACAGAUAACCCGGUUCCAUGACAAAUUUGAGACUUUGAUCCCCAUCUUUGUAGUUCAUCAAAGGUGAAAUGAUUUUGUAACUUUAUUUUUAGUUCCAUAAGGUUGUGUGUACAUUUUAAGACUACAAGUUUGUGUGGUCUGUCGAAGUUCUUUAACCCUUUACGUGUUUUCCCCUCUGAUUUACUCUUCAUUUCAUAAGAGGAUCUAUUUUAUUUAUAUAUAUCUAUAUAUAUAUAUAGAUAUCUAUGUAUCUAUAGAUAUCUAUAUAUAUAUCUAUAUAUACAUACAUAUAUACAAGUCUUAAACAUCUCUUGUCCCCUUUUAUUUGUGGUAGUGCAAUACAAAAGGUUCAAGAGAUAUACAGAAGAUUUGAGCUAAUUUAUGAGAAUGUAAACAUUUCUAAAUAAAGCUGCUAUAUGCUAUCAACAGCGCUGAAAGUGACACUUCUGUCCAUGUUGGCUCUAUUAAAGGGCAAGGCCGCUUGAGCUGUAGCACGAUAUAGCCUACUCAAAAUGUAAACCCCUUUUCUUGAAAUGAAUCCCUUUUUUGGUAAUGUUAACAAUGUCCAUGGGCAAAUUAACUUAAAUAUUAGGAAUGUAAUGUCAGACUUCAUAGCUAAACCAUGAUGUGCACAAAUGUCAGGAAGCCAGAAAAUAAAGUAAAGGAACAUGAAAAAAAAAAGUUUUAUAUAAAGCUAUGUUGGUCAAGUUAGGCAAAAAUGUAAGAGAAAAUUGUGAAAAUAGGUUAAAAAGUGACAAAAAUGGGUGAAAA